UUUUUACAUUGGCAGAUGUGUGGAACUUCCACCCUUCAUUAUCCUAAUUUUUAAAUGUAUUCAAGGAUUCCAUGGGUAUUUAUUAUAAUUUAAAAAUAGCAAAUAUGGAAUCAUAGAUAUUCUUGUUAAAUUUACUCUGAAUAUGAUUUUGUUGUUUUAUUGGGUAUGAUCUAUGGAGGAAAAACGAGAAGACGAAGAAUGUGCCGUUUAUGUAUACCCGUUGACUAAGAAUUUAACCUCAGAACACUUACGUGAGAUUUUUGGCCACUUUGGAAAACUUAAGGACGUAGAAUUAAAUAAAUCUACAAAGGAACACUCUGAGGAUAGAUAUGGAGUCGUUUACUUUGAGAAAUAUGGUGACGCCAAGUUCUCCAUAUUGCACCUAGACCAGGGCGAGAUAGAUGGAACGAAGGUGAAAGUCACCCUUACCAAACCAAAUUACUAACCGUGAAUUGUGACCGAUUUUCAAAAGGUCUUUGAAAUCUGCAUUGGAAUAAAACGAGUUUUGUUGAACAUAUAAUCCUUUACAUUUAAUAUUAACCGAUUUUUUACCGAUUGAAUUUAAUAAUUUGA